AUGUCAGAAGCUGAGGUUCUUCUUCUUAGUCUUGAGGUUGAGGCAGCUGCAGUACGUAAUGCUGAUCUCUCUAGACAACUCGAACGUCUAACCGAUGAAUUGGCGUGCUCUACAGUACAUCGUCUGGAGAAAGUAGAGACUGUAUCUGUAGGAACUCAGACCGAGUUUGACGUGCUGCGUGAUGUGUCUUUGGAUCUAGAUGAUCUACUGUUUGAGAUGGCAGAAGUAAUGUUUCGUCUGUACCCUACAACACCGAUUGAUUUAUCAUCCCGGGAGGGUGACAAGUGUAAGCGCCUGGAGGAACUCUCGCAACGUUGUUUACGCGAGAUGCGCUCACUUAGAACAGCAUGGGAAACUAAGCUUGAGGGAUACAAUAAAUUUAUAGAGGAUCUUCAGAAAGCGCUAGGUGGGUACUACCGAUCCCUAGAAGGAUUGCAGUGUCAGUUGCGUGACAAGGAAGUUGAGUGUGCAACACUUUCGAAAGAGAAUGCCCAACUAUUGCGACAAUGUGCGGAGCUUGAAAAACAGUUAAAGUUUGUACAGAAGGAUGCAGCUAAUGCCAAUAACAAAGUAGAACACUUGAUGCAACAGACUACAGAUCUUGAGUUCGAAAGGUGUCGACUUUUAGAUAGAGAGACUGUUCUAGCAAAUACAUUGGAUUCAUUAAGAGCAGAUUGUGCCCUUGGGCCAUGGGGGGAUAGGACCGUCUUUAAAAGUAAGGCUCUUGAAAAGGGAAGGGGUAACUCUCAUAUUCCUCAUAGGGAGAAAGAAACACCCACAUCCGGCACUGACAGAGGAGUUUCAGGAGGUUUUUCUGUUCAGGAUGUAAUGUGGGCCUGUCAAGGUUCUACUGUCAAUCGAGCCUUUCCUGAGUUUUGUCUCCCUCCCGAAAAAGUUAUUGAUUUUGGUUGCAAGUUUAAUCCCUCAACAUGA